AUUUAAUCACCCAAAGGACGGUUUAAUUACCUAAAUGAGGUGAGGGUUUGCCACCCUAUAUAUAUAAAAACGGGUUUCACAAAGCAAUUGCGCAUCGCUGACGCGUUGCUCAUUGUAUUGCGUAGACUCAGCCCUCGGGAAGCAAGCGUUGGACCCACUCUCGCAUUACGGACCGCCGGAAUUGCAAUCACUGCUUGAUUUGGCCCCUGCUGAAAGUUUCUCAUAGAGGCUUAGAGAGCCCUCAAGAGCGUGAAGCGACGCGGCGUGCCUACACGAGUCGAGGACGAGGCCGUGUGCAACCGUAGGCGAGCGUCGUGAAGCGUUGACGCAAGAAACGUAAGGACCGUAGCGUACAGCUCCGGCGUCGGCGACGAUGCGGAUGGCUACUAACAAGAGCGGCUACACGGGCGUGUCGUGGGCCUCAAGGGAUCAGGUGUGGAUCGCCCAGCUCGUGGUAAACAAAAAACGUGUGUUAAACGAAACGUUCCACGACAAGGAGGCAGCCGCUCGCGCCGUCGACGACGCGCGGGUGCGCCACGGGAAGAGCCGGGUGAACUUCCCCGAAGAGGCGCGGAACGACGGCAUUGAGGGCGAGGACGAGGCCGCCGCGGCUGCCUUCGCCGCGCGCCGGCCGUUCGAGAAGCACUGGGACCGGCUCUCGCCGGCGGAACAGCGGGCCUGCAUUCGCAUGCUCGAGGUGCCCGAGUUCGGCCGCCUCGUCCUGCGCUUCACCGGCUGCGCGUGCGAGCAGGGCUGGUGGGGCCAGUUCAUUAUCCCGCUGAAGAAGUACUGGAAGGCGAAGCUCGAGGGCCGCGUCGCGGACGCCGCCGCGGCCGAGGAGGUCCUGCGGGACCGCGCCGCGCUGCAGCUCGUCGCCUACUCGCGCGAUAAGGCCGUCUUGGUCGUGCCGUCGAGCGGCCUGGUCGCGGCGCGGCGGCGCAUGGACGCGACAUCGCGGAAGGUCACCACCAACAAGGUUGCCGCCGUCCGAGUCCGAGCCUUCGCCGAGGCCCAGGAGUCGUUCGGCCCCCUCAGGGCGCGGGCGAACGUGAAGCUGAACGUCUUCGACGACGACCACCGCGCGUUUGAGAAGGCGUUGUACGGCGCCGAGGCCGCCGCCGGGCCCCAGGAGCACGUCGUCCUCUACAACACAGAGAACGGCCAGGUCAUCGGCGUCGCGGGCGGCGGCGCCGCGGCGGCGGCGGCGGCAGCUCAGGCGGCGGCGGCGCUCGCGGCGAUGUACGCGGCGGCGAACGCGGCCGCCGCGAACGCGGCGAACGCGGCGCUGGGAGCAGCGGCGGCGAACGCCGCGGCGGCGGCGGCUGCGGCGGCGGCCCAGGCGGCGAUCGCCGCGGCGCAGGCGCAGGCGCUUGCUCCGGGCGCCGCGGCACAACCUGCAGCCGCGGCGGCGGCGGCGGCGGCGAACGCGGCAAACGCGGCGCUGCAGGCCGCGGCGGCGGGCCAGGCGCAAGCGGCGGCCGCCGCGGCGCAGGCCGCGGCGAACGCGCAGCAGGCGGCCGCGGCGGCCGUGGCGGCGGCGAACGCGGCGGCCGCGGCGCAGGCCGCGGCGCAGGCGCAGGUCGCCGCCGCGGCGCAGCAGCUCGCGCUCGUCGGCGUCGGCGGCCUCGUGCUGGGCGCCGCGGCCGUCGCUCUGGGGCGGGCGGCGCGGCAGCACCCGGCCUUCGGCGCCGCGCUCGUCGCGGCGCGGCCGGCGGCUCGGCGGGUCGUGGCCGCGGCCCGGGGCCACGCGGUGCGUGCCGCGCAGUUCGCGGCGCGGCGCGGCCUCGGCGUCGCGAGUGUGGCGCAAGGCGCGCUCGGCGGCGUCGCGUACGGCGCCGCUGCUCUCGGUCGCGGUGUCGCGGGCGUGCUGGGACAGGCGCGCGGCGCCGGGGCCCACGACGACGUGCGCAUAGGUGUCGGCGCGACGAGGCUUCUGGACGCCGCCCGUCGCCGCGCCGCUCUCCGCGCGACGCAGCGCGUUGUUUUAGCCGGCGGUUCCGGCCCCGCUGUCGUCGGUGGCGCUGCGGCGGUCGGCAGCGCGGUUUACUUUUGUCGCCGCGCGGUGGCGUUGAGGGACGCUACGCAGCGGGCGGCGGCUCUUAUCAGACACGCGGGCGGCGUGGUCGGGCGGGCGGAGGUGUGCAUUACGGGUUGCUUGCUCGACGCGGCGUUAGAUGUGGACGUCAUGGCGGCGGGCGGGGACUCGUUGGUUGCGGUCAACGCGCGCGUGUUGGCGAUCGGCGAGUGCGUGGCGCGGCUUCAGGACGAGGCGCUGCUUCGUGAAGACGUGGACGCGACGUACACACGAGCCGCUGAGUUUUGGGAGACGGCGGAGUUGCGUCACGCAUUAGCUAGGGAUUGGUACGACGCGUUCGGCGGUGGUGGUCACGUGGAGUUCACUAGCUCGGUUCGGAGGCUCUCGAUAGUUGACGACAAGGGCCGCUGGCGGUCGUGGAAGACGCUUGUCCGGAAGGACUGCCUCGCUAUCGACCCGACGUCGCCGGACUGCAUGCGACAGAUUACGGACCUCGUGGUGCGGCAAGCGUUGCGGCCGUACCAGCUCAACGUCGAAGGUCAGAUGGAGAACGUGGCGUUCGGCGUCUGCGAGGGGGCGCCGGCUCUGCAUCGCCCGUCGGGCCGGCAGUGCGACGUCAUCUCGAUGCCAGUAUACCGAAGCUCUUUUGUUAACGUUAGGUUCGAAGGAGACGUGACGGAAACGAGCAUCCGCAGGAGUACCCUCGAGGCGAACCAGCCCAUCGUCAACUUGCGUUUUUUUGACGCUGCCAGCAAGGCGACGUUCAACAACGGCUGCUACGCCGAGGUCGUGUGCUCGCAGUUCGAGCUGCCGCCGGCGGAGCGGCACGUGCUCUUUGCUAAUUGGACGCGGCAUCAGUUCAAGUGCGAUAUUAACACGGCCUUCAACCAGUACGUGACGCAGAGGCUGCUCGACCUCACGGCCGAGCGCGCCCUCGCCGGGGGCAUCGAGGGUCUGGACCUCGACGCGGAGCACGAGACGGACGAGUCGCCCCCGCGCCGGGUUACGCUCGAGGCGUCGAUCCGCGGCUGGCUGGAGGUCGGAAUGCACGACCGCAAGACGCACAAGUCGUACUACGAGUUAGGAGUAAAUGAGGGUACAGCGCUCCGUGCGGCAACCUCGAUGUCGCGCGACCACGCGUUGGAGCUCUCGACGGACGGCUUCCGCAAGGUCUUGGCCGAGUGGCGCGGCACGGUCGCCGAAGGCGUUGCGGAGCUCGUCGACGCGAACCUCACGAUAGAGAUGAACGAAGCGGUCCUCUCGCUCCUCGACUUGUACGAGCGCGGUGAGCUGCCCGCCCUCGACCCGCCCGGCGGCGAGCUCGAGGACAAGUACGUGAAGCGGCACCGCGAGCGCGCCGAGCGCGUCAUCGCGCGGGAGCGCGGCGAGGAUGCGGAGGAGCCCGAGGAGGAGCCCGAGGAAGAGCCCGUCCUCAACGCCAAGGCCAAGCCCGCGGCCAAGCCCGCGUCGAAGCCCAAGGCGAAGCCCAAGGCGAAGCCCGCCUCGAAGGGCAAGGCGAAGAAGCCCUCGGCGAAUCCGGCGGGCAAGAAGCCCGCGGCCAAGCCCAAGGCCAAGCCCAAGGCCAAGCCCGCGGCCAAGCCAGCGUCGAAGCCGGGCGGGCGGCCGCGGCGGGCGGCUGCGAGCCAGUCCCGCCCGAUCAUCGACGAAGACGACGACGACGACGAGGCGCCGCCGCGCGAGGGCGACGGCGAGGACUUCCAGCCGGAGCCCGAGGAGGAGGAGGAAGAGGAGUAGUAGUCCGAGGAGGAGUAACCACAGUCCUUACACAACCAAAAACUAA